AGAUGCGGCCGAGGAGGCGGCGGCGGCGGCGGCGCGCUCCGGCGGUCUGAAGCGGCGGUAGGCUGCCACGGGCCGGCGGCGCGAUGAGCUGGGCGGCCGCCCCCGGCUCGGGGCUGUGAGGGGCUCGGGGCCGGGGGUGGGCGACGGCGGCGGCGCAGCGGGCGGCCCACGCUUCUCCUCGGCGGCGGCGGCGGUGGCCAUGCGCAGGACGGCGCGGCCGGGGCCGCCGGGCCGGGGCCGCCUCCCGUGGACCCGCGGCCUGAGGGCCCCGCCGCCGCCGCUGCUGCUCCUGCUCGCGCUGCUGCCGCUGCUGCUCGCACCAGACGCCGCCGCCGCCCCUGCCCCGAGGCCGCCGGCGCUGCCUCCCGCGUCCGCGGGGCCCAGCGUGAGCCUCUACCUGAGCGAGGACGAGGUGCGCCGGCUCAUCGGUCUUGAUGCAGAACUUUAUUAUGUGAGAAAUGAUCUUAUUAGUCACUACGCCCUAUCCUUUAACCUGUUAGUACCCAGCGAGACAAAUUUCCUGCACUUCACUUGGCAUGCAAAGUCCAAGGUUGAAUAUAAGCUGGGAUUCCAAGUAGACAAUUUCGUGGCUAUGGACAUGCCCCAGGUCAACAUUUCUGCUCAGGGGGAAGUUCCACGCACUUUAUCAGUGUUUCGGGUCGAGCUUUCCUGUACUGGCAAAGUAGAUUCUGAGGUUAUGAUACUAAUGCAGCUCAACUUGACAGUAAAUUCUUCAAAAAACUUUACAGUCUUAAAUUUUAAACGAAGGAAAAUGUGCUACAAAAAACUUGAAGAAGUAAAAACUUCAUCCUUGGACAAAAACACUAGCAGAACUAUUUAUGAUCCUGUACAUGCAGCUCCAACCACUUCUACGCGUGUGUUUUAUAUCAGCGUAGGGGUUUGCUGUGCAGUAAUAUUUCUUGUAGCAAUAAUAUUAGCUGUUUUGCACCUUCAUAGUAUGAAAAGGAUUGAACUGGAUGACAGCAUCAGUGCCAGCAGUAGUUCCCAAGGGCUGUCUCAGCCAUCUACCCAGACGACUCAGUAUCUGAGAGCUGACACACCCAACAAUGCAACUCCUAUCACCAGCUCCUCAGGUUAUCCUACCUUGCGGAUAGAGAAGAAUGACCUGAGAAGUGUCACUCUUUUGGAGGCCAAAGCUAAGGUGAAGGAUAUCGCAAUAUCCAGGGAGAGGAUAACUCUAAAAGAUGUACUCCAAGAAGGUACUUUUGGGCGUAUUUUCCAUGGGAUUUUAGUAGAUGAAAAAGAUCCAAAUAAGGAAAAACAAGCAUUUGUAAAAACAGUUAAAGAUCAAGCUUCUGAAAUUCAGGUGACAAUGAUGCUCACUGAAAGUUGUAAGCUACGAGGUCUUCAUCACAGAAAUCUUCUUCCUAUUACCCAUGUCUGUAUAGAAGAAGGAGAAAAGCCGAUGGUGAUAUUGCCUUACAUGAAUUGGGGGAAUCUUAAAUUGUUUUUACGGCAGUGCAAAUUAGUAGAGGCCAAUAAUCCACAGGCAAUUUCUCAACAAGACCUGGUCCACAUGGCUAUUCAGAUUGCCUGUGGAAUGAGCUAUCUGGCCAGAAGGGAAGUCAUCCACAAAGACCUGGCUGCUAGGAACUGUGUCAUUGAUGACACACUUCAAGUUAAGAUCACAGACAAUGCCCUCUCCAGAGACUUGUUCCCUAUGGACUAUCAUUGUCUGGGGGACAACGAAAACAGGCCGGUUCGGUGGAUGGCUCUUGAAAGUCUGGUUAAUAAUGAGUUCUCCAGUGCUAGUGAUGUGUGGGCCUUUGGAGUGACGCUGUGGGAGCUCAUGACUCUGGGCCAAACGCCCUAUGUGGACAUCGACCCGUUUGAGAUGGCCGCGUACCUGAAAGACGGUUACCGAAUAGCCCAGCCGAUCAACUGUCCUGAUGAACUAUUUGCUGUGAUGGCUUGUUGCUGGGCUUUAGAUCCGGAAGAGAGGCCCAAGUUCCAGCAGCUGGUCCAGUGUCUCACAGAGUUCCAUGCAGCCCUGGGGGCCUACGUCUGACUCCUCUCACAGUCCCCCAGCGUCAGGAGGAAGGAGCCUGCCAGGGCUCACUUGCAGCCAGUCACGGAUGCCGCAUACGCCACGCAGCGCCGCAGAAGCACAUUUGUCUUCCAGAACACCGUGCCUUAGGAAUGCUUUAGAAUCGGAACUAUCUAAGGCAGACUUAAUGAUGUCAAAUAUUUUCUAGAUAUCACUUUCAUUAGGUUGAACUGAAAAUGUUUUUGUAAAUUUUUUGGCCAAAAAUUUUUUUACACAUAGUUAACUUUGGACUAGGGGUACAUUCUUACAAAAUAAA